CAGCACCACAGCCCCGCCGCUUCGGCUGGGAGGAUACUACCAUUCCGAUUAGGGCAGCUGUUGCCAACGAUGCAAUGCCUCCUUCAUGGAAUGAACGCUGGGCAUAGGCACCGUGUAGUGCCGUGGUCUUCUUGAAGAGGCUGCACCGUCCUGGUCUUUUGUGAUUAUUCGCCACAAACAAACAGCCCCGGAGCGCAUAAGGUACCCGGUGAAGACUUGGACUCGCGGGUUUAUGGUUAGCGGAGAGAAGCUGGAGCGGAAGCUGGAACCAUGGGUUUAACAUUAAGCCUUUGAUGAACUGAAAUAAGCUGGACCCUCUUGACUCAUCCAACCCGCUCCUGCCCAUAUCGGGGGCUCCCCUUUCCCCCUCACCUUCCAGAGUUAUGGCAGGCUUUAAGCGUGGCUACGAUGGCAAGAUCGCCGGCCUGUACGACCUGGACAAGACCCUGGGCCGUGGCCACUUCGCUGUAGUCAAGCUGGCACGCCAUGUCUUCACUGGGGAGAAAGUGGCGGUGAAGGUGAUUGACAAGACUAAGCUAGACACAGUGGCGACAGGCCACCUUUUCCAGGAGGUCCGCUGCAUGAAGCUGGUGCAGCACCCCAACAUUGUGCGCCUGUAUGAAGUGAUAGAUACGCAGACGAAGCUUUAUCUCAUCCUGGAGCUUGGAGAUGGAGGAGAUAUGUUUGACUACAUUAUGAAGCAUGAGGAGGGCUUGAACGAAGAGUUGGCUAAGAAAUAUUUUGCCCAAAUUGUCCACGCUAUCUCCUACUGUCAUCGGCUGCACGUGGUGCACAGGGACUUGAAACCCGAGAACGUGGUGUUCUUUGAAAAACAAGGGCUGGUCAAGCUCACUGACUUUGGAUUCAGUAACAAGUUUCAGCCAGGAAAAAAGCUGACCACCAGCUGUGGAUCUUUGGCAUACUCAGCUCCUGAAAUACUACUGGGUGAUGAGUAUGAUGCUCCGGCUGUAGGUAUGCAAAAGAUGUUUGGCUGAUGAAUGAUGGUAAAGAAAUGAAAUGAGUCACACAGCUAAUUAGAACAUUGUAUUGGUGAGUUGCAGAGGUGUGUACU